GUCGCAUGUGGUGGCACAGGCAUGUCAUAGACUAGUUGACGGAUGUCGCCCUCCAAUUCAAUCUCACACAAAGAAAGGAUUUCAAUAUUUGAAGUUUGAAAUUGCAAGAAUUAUGGGAAUGGUGAAGAAUGGAGGAUUGUCUCUCUUUCAUGGAUCAUUUGCAGCUCCUCCACCUAACCCGUCAAGAAGGAAACUUUACCUGUUUGCACAAGCUACUACUCCUUCAAGAACCCAAUUACAGAUGAACUAGUAGCUUAUAGCAUGUGGGUUGUGGUUCUUUUGUGUUCUCCCGAGUUGCCCAUGAAGCUUAAUUGGAAUUGCUCUGAUAUUGUAGAGGAUAAUGGAGAGUAUACCAGUAAGUGGGGAAGUUGGCGGGGCUGGUGGUGCGUACUCAUAUAAUGCUCUGAAAAGAUUGGAUAGCCUGUGGUCUAGCAUUUGCAAUUCUUCACCAGUUGUCCAAGAACCGCCGCAAGUGGUUUCUGAAGUUCCCGGUUUAUUUCAAGAAUCUGAACGGAUGGAGAGAUGCAGCGAUAUGUUUGAUGUCAUAGUGUGUGGCGGCACUUUGGGAAUUUUCAUUGCUACUGCAUUGAGUUCUAAAGGUCUUCGAGUUGGGAUAGUGGAAAAGAGUAUAUUGAGAGGGAGGGAACAAGAAUGGAAUAUAUCUAGAAAAGAGCUUUUGGAGCUCGUUGAAGUUGGUGUUCUGACAAAAGGUGACAUUGAUCAUGUUACGGCUGCCAGCUUCAAUCCUAAUAGAUGUGGAUUUGAAGGGAAGGGUGAGAUUUGGGUUAACGACAUUCUUAAUCUUGGAGUUUCGCCCGCCAAGCUUAUAGAAACCAUGAGAAUGCGUUUCACUUUCCUUGGUGGUAUUAUCUUUGAAGGUUGCAGUGUAUCUCACAUAUCAGUAUAUGAGGAUUCAGCUGUCCUAGAACUAGCAGAUGGAAAGAUUUUAUCAUCACGUCUGAUUAUUGAUGCAAUGGGAAACUUUUCUCCAAUUGUAAAACAAAUUAGACGUGGAAGAAAACCAGAUGGCAUUUGCCUUGUUGUUGGAUCUUGUUGUCGUGGUUUUACAGAGAAUUCUACAAGUGAUGUGAUAUAUAGUAGUGCUUCAGUGAAGAGGGUUGGUCAGUCAGAAGCACAAUAUUUCUGGGAGGCAUUCCCUGCUGGCUCGGGUCCCCUUGACCGAACUACAUAUAUGUUCACCUACCUUUACCCGGAACCUGGGUGUCCCCUAUUGGAAGAGUUACUGGAAGACUACUGGGACUUAAUGCCAAAGUAUCAGGGAGUGUCCCUCGAUGAUCUGGAUGUUUUAAGAGUUAUAUAUGGCAUUUUUCCGACAUAUCGUGACAGUCCAUUGCCAGCAGCUUUUGAUCGAGUUCUACAGUUUGGGGAUGCUAGUGGUAUACAAUCACCGGUUUCUUUUGGUGGGUUUGGGAGCUUGACAAGGCACCUUGGGCGAUUAUCAGCUGGCAUACAUGAAGCAAUCAAUAGCAAUUUUUUGGAUGCCCAGAGCUUAUCACUGUUAAAUCCAUAUAUGCCUAAUUUAAGUGCGUCUUGGCUGUUUCAAAGAGCCAUGUCAGCCAAAAAGCAGUCCGAUGUUUUGCCUACUUUCAUAAAUGAGCUUCUAUAUGCCAAUUUUGAAAGCAUGCAGAAACUAGGAGAUCCAGUGCUCAGACCUUUUCUUCAGGACGUCAUACAGUUUGGUCCUCUUGUGAAGACGUUAGGCCUCGUGAUGCUGACUCGACCUCUAAUUAUACCGUCAAUAUUUAAGCAGGUUGGCCUCCCGGUGCUCCUUGACUGGUCUGAACAUUUCCUGAUGUUAGGAUAUUACACAUUUCUUUCCUCUUACCUCGACCCCGUGAUUAGGCCAUUCGUGGAGAAGUUCCCAGGCAAGAUGAAAUAUGAAUGGAAGCAGAAGCUUGAGGCUUGGAAGUAUGGAGCUGGUCUGGACUAUGAAUUGAGCAGUUCUGGUGGCAAAAGUGCAGGAGAAGAUUGAUACUAUUUGAAUUUAUUUUUCAGUUAAUCACAUUUUUAACAUACAAUUUUUCCCACAAAUUCCAAAAUGGUACUUCAAUUUAAAUGAAUGCAUUUUUUUUUUGAGCCGAAA